CUUGCGGUGUCCCAGUUCCAGGCGGUGUACCAGCAGAAGCGCACCAGUGGAGAGCAGAGGCGCAUUUUCCGCAGCUUUCUGCUCACACCACAGAGAGGACAAACACAAACUUUCCGACCGGGAUUCAAACCGGCACCCCUCCGGUUUCUGAAGUCAUCGGUGGUCUCCUGUAACGAUUUUCUGACGCGUUUCCUUGACGCAGUUCGCUGGAAGUGAUUUAUCGAGCGAUGGUGAAGAAGGACGCGUUUUGCGCUUUUGCCCGUGUUUUCCUCAGAAACUUCCACCCGGAGGGGACGACUGAGCUGGAGCAGAUUUGGAGGGGUUGUUGGUUGGGGGAAGGACAAACUUGUGUGGAUGACUUUGUAAACGUGGACUGGCAAUACCUGAACUGGGGGAGGUGUAAUUUCUGGAGGUGGACGAACAAAAGGACCUUUUGACACAGCAGUGAAGUGAAUUAGCCAGAGGGCUGGGUUUUUCUGCUAACCUGCAUCAUUCCACCCUUGAAUAAUGUUGGGGCCGACGCACCAUAACUGGCCUCCUCUCUUCUGACCCAAAAUGGAACUCAAGGUCUGGGUGGAUGGCAUCCAGAGGGUUGUGUGUGGGGUUACGGAGGCAACCACGUGCCAGGAGGUGGUGAUUGCUUUGGCCCAGGCUAUAGGUCGUACAGGGAGGUACACUCUGGUGGAGAAAUGGCGGGACACCGAGCGCCACCUAGCCCCGCACGAGAGCCCCGUGGCUUCUCUGAACACCUGGGGUCAGUACGCGGGAGACGUUCAGUUGAUCCUGCUUCGCACUGGCCCCUCCCUGACUGAGCGCCCUCCAUCAGAAGGGCCCCCGCUCAGGGGUCCAGAACGUGGGCUGCAUCGUCAAAGUCUCCCUCCGCUCGCAAAGCUACGCCACCCCAACGACGGCUCGCUCCACCGCCGUGAGCCACGGCGCAAGUCGCUCACUUUCACAGGCGCGCCUAGAAGUCUAAAGGAGAUCCUGGGUGGGGGCAGUGUCAGUGAGGCCGAAGGCAAGAGAAGAUUUCUCCUGGGAAGUGGCGGGAAUCACCACCAUGUAGGACCAGCCACUGGGACGGCUUCACCUGGUCUGUGGGCCUGUCGCAUGGAAGAUCUGGUUCGAUUGGUCAGCCUGCAGAGAGAGACUCUGAACAUGCUGGAGAAGAAGCUGGAGGCCUAUGAGGCUGAGCUCCAAGCCUGGGGAGGUGGAAGUAGGGUCCAGAGAGGUGGGUUUGCUGUGGAUCUGAAUGGAGGUGGAGGGUUGAUGGAGGAAAUCUUGAGGUUGGAGAAGCACCUAAGGAAGAAUGAGGUGGAGAUGGAGGAGGAAGAGUUCUGGGCCACCGAGCUGCAGAUUGAAAUAGAAAGUGAGAGACAGCUGGAGGAAAGGUUGCAGGAGCUCCGAGGACGCCUGCAGAGCUGCGAGCGGGACAUUGAGGAAAAGUUGGCAAUAGUUCAGGGAGUGGAAGCAGGCCUGGAGGAGGAGAAGCUGCAAAGAGAGCGUCGAGAGAACCAGUGGGUCAACGAGGCAGAGGCUCGGGCGCAGCUCCUCAGGGUCAAGGCAGAGCUGAAGGCCCAGGAGAGGCAGGCCAUCCAGCUGGAGAGCAGCUGCAGGGCUGUGGACAGGUCGCUGGGUCAAAGCAGUAAGAAACUGCAGGACAUGCAGCAAGAGCUGGAGCAGCUGACCAAGGAGCUGAGGCAAGUCAACCUGCAGCAGUUCAUCAAGCAGACCGGUACCAAGGUCACGGUGCUGCCGGCUGAACCUGCCGAGGAAGACGGCACCAGCAGCAGUCAUGAUUUAGUUCAGCUGACCGGAUCGUUGAAGCGUCCCGGCUCAUCCCACCAGAUGUCCAGUCCUCUCCGUGUCCUCCACAGCCCUCUCAGCUCUGGUCUGAACCCGGAGGGGAUCUAUGUUUGACCCCAAGGCGUGUGAGUCAACAAGUGGAGGGCGCCUCAGCCGUAACUGACUAUGCAUACUUUAGUUUUUGUACCUGAAGGCAAGUCUGAAGACACGGACUGAUCUGAAUGGAUGUUACUGGUGAGGAUUAACCGAAAAGAUAGAACUCCAUCAACAUGUCGACUUGAUACAUUCUCACUUUAGUACCUGCUGAAUGAUUUGUAUUGUUCUCUCUUUAGCAUCUUGAUUACAAACCUGCCUUUUAGACACUAUUCUUAAGAUUCUCGGAAUAUGUGUGUGUCUGCAUUAUUGCUCCAGUGCAAUGACUGGCUCUUAUGUAAGUGAAGGAUCCACUCGUGUCUGUAGUAGAACUGUGAACAAUCUGUCCCCGUGCACCGUCUGUUCAAGUUUAAACUAUGCACAAAUACUUAAUAUUUUUGUUACUGAAGAAUGUUUGUUUGUAUUUGCCAAAACGGUGGCUCAUUGUAAAAGUUUCUUACUUUCUAGCUUUACUUGGGUAGUUUAUUUUAUUACCAAAAUGCAGUGGGUCAUUCCUACAGUAACGAUUGCAGUCAGUGUUACUUAGCUAAGUUUUGUUGAGUAUAAAGUAUAUAUUUUUUGAAUGCAUUAAGUUUUUUGUUCCCUGAUGAUCAUGUGGCCAAAGAUUUGCAGGUCUUGUUGCAUGAUUGUUUUGGCCAUAAAUGAAUGUGCAGAGUCCUCGCGGUUCAGUGAAUCUGUUAGGUGAGCGGCAAGCGGUGGCAUGUAAUCGUAAAACAGUGUGAGCUAGCGUGAGUUGGUGAUUAAAAUGACCUGUGUGCAUUCAUCAGCAUGCAUGCAGCCCGAAUAGUAAAUAUUUGCAGCACUUCUUAGACUGUAGAUAAUCAACCAGUGUGUAUGUCGUGUUAUGAAGUGUGUGAGUCAGAAUAGCCAAGUUAUGAAGCUUAGGUUGUAGUUCAGCUGCUAUGAACACAUCAAAGUGCCUUAUAUUCAUGCAACAAAUGGUGCAUUCAAGUGCUGCACAGUCUAAGUUUAGCACGAACAUGAAGGAUUACAGUUUAGAGCACAACAUCAGUGUUUUAAUGCCAAACUGCAACAAGUAAGCAUGACAACAGGAAGCUACUUUUUUCUGUCAGUGUUUUGUAGAAAUGCCAGAGUGAGGAGAAACUUCUAGAUCUCUGAACUUUGCUACUGUAAUUUUACACAGAAUACUGUAAAAAGUACUAACACUUUAGUAAAUUGUACUUUUUUCCUCUUCUUCAUGCAACACUUGUGAACUGUAAAUCAAAUCAGAGCUGUCAGAUAAUUGUUGUCACUGUUUACAUCUUCAUAUCCUAGUAAACAAGAUGUCAACUUUAAGUAACCUGUUGUUUUUCUUGCCUUAAUAUAUUGCAAAAUGUUGAUUGAUGUGUGUGUGUGUUUGUGUGUGUUUGGUUGUAACGGGCUGAUAUGAUGUGGAUUGCAUGGUUCAAUAAACCAUCAGAUAAAUUCA